AUUCAGUAUAUAACACACAAUGAAUAAUACUCGUCGAAUUGGGGGUAAAAUUCACAUUAAGGAUAUAGUAUUUGUACUUACACUGAUUGUCCUUCAUAUACCUGCGGAGCCUUUGGGAUCAGCAGGUAACAAUGACAAUUGCCCAGUGUUUUGUUCCUGCUAUACUUGGUAUUAUCUACGAUGGGCCUCUUGCUCAGGUCAACAUCUCUACAGCAUUCACACGGGAAUAUCUGACAUUGUCCAGGCCCUUGACAUUUCCAAUAAUUCCAUUUCCAUUCUGGCGGAUUACGAGCUCCAGUCGACGGGAUUAACGCACCUGAGGUACUUGAAUCUUUCGGACAAUGCUGUCAGCGAAAUUGGUUUAUCGGCUUUUUCUGGUUUGGAGGAACUGACUGUUCUCGAUUUAUCCAGAAAUCAUCUGUACUAUAUUUUACGCAAUACCUUCAUUGAUAACAAGAACUUGAGAGUCCUCAGAUUGUCCGGGAACAAUUUCAAUCACCAUAUUCCCUUCUUAGAAAAUCCUUCAAUUACAGAGUUAAAUCUUGGUUCGUGUCGACUAACUCACUUGCCAUCGGGGGCAUUCAGUGGACUCAAGCGACUCCGCAACCUCGAUCUAUCGGCCAACUUGAUGAUUCAACUUGAAGAGGAAACGUUACGCCCGUUGCCCUUUCUCAGGAUUCUCUCGAUUAAAGAGAAUCCGUGGUCAUGCAACGCCAAACAAAUGCAGAGCCUUCUCCAUUACUUGGCAGUUCGAGGAAUUAGAUACGAGCCAUCAGUCUGUCCCCGAAAAAAGGGUGUAAAAAAAUCCGAAAAUAUAAUAAUGAGUCCAGUGAUUGUAUCACCGAAGUACCCACCGAUAAUUCUACCAAAAAACACAAACACCGGGAACUCCGGCUGGAUGAAUGCACCGACGAAAAACGAAGAAGCCAUACCUUCCAAGCCAGAAGGAUUGAAGGAAUUGAAGGAGUUCUACGUCUUCGAGAUUUGGAUUCUCUCAAUUUUGAGUUUUAUGACUGGUCUAGGGUCUGGAAUGGUCACGAUGUACUGCUGGCUGUCAAAAUCUGGAGACUCCACAGACAGACCAGCAUUGCUGAAUUCUUCUCUACGAAGAUGUGACGCUGUGUCCCAACAUAGUCAAGCUAGUUUCGAGUUCUCUAGUCCCCUCGCUCAAAGAGUCUCUUUGCUGAGGAAUAUCUGGAGUAAUAGUGAUGAAGAUGUCAAUCUGCAAAGAGUUCCAAUCUGUCCAGAUACCCCGCCUCCAGCAUAUCGAGAUGUUAUUCUUCAUGCUAAUCGUUAUCCUGUUGGUUGAAACCUGAGAUUAUUUGUUACAGAAAAGUAUUUUUGCGCAUGCAUUCGAUGAUACUACGGCUUUGAGACAAAACCGACCCGUCACCAUGACGUCGUGGCUCAAUCUGCAUUUCGAAUGAAAAAAGACGAUAUACAUGAACUAGGAAAGAGGUUCAGAGGCAGAAAAUAUAGAAUAUUAUAAAUAUAAUAUAUUAUAAAAAUAUAUAAACAUA